AUGGAAGGUGCUGAAAGCUCGGAUAAAGCAUCUUGGAGUAAAAAGAUGCUGCAUACAUUUUGUGAUAUAAGUAUUGUCGCUAUUGAGAAAGGAAUGAGGCCAAGCACUCAUUUCGAUAAGGCCGGAUGGAAAUUUGUUAUGGCUGUCUUCAAAGAGAAAACUGGUCUUGCUUUUACUAAGACUCAACUAAAAAACAAAUGGGAUGGUGCAAAAAAAGAGUGGAGGAUUUGGAAAAAACUGAUUUCUGAAACAGGAAUAGGAUGGAAUAGUGAACUUGGAACUAUUAGUGCUAGUGAUGAGUGGUGGAAGAAAAAAACUCAGAAAAUCAGAGGGUCCAAAAAGUUUAGACAUGCUGGGAUUGAACCUUCACUUUGCAGUAAGUUUGAUAGAAUGCUCAACAAUGUUGUGGCGACUGGACACUAUGCUUGGGCUCCAUCUUCCGGAGUAUUAUUUGAUGAUGAUGUUGUGAAUCAAAACACUCAGGAUGUUCAUGUUAAUAAAGAAGAAAAUCUAGAGGAAGGAAAUGGUGAUUCCGAGGAGGAUGUCAUUCCCAAUUACACAGAUGAUGUUUGCAAUUUAAUUGCUAGAGUUAAUAUGGGAAAUAGCAGUACCACAAAUAGCAGUGGAAAGAGAAAAGCAAGAGAGCAAGGUGGUGGGAAAAGUAUAAAGAAAAGCAAAAAACCUCAUGGAGUUGGAGCUCAAAUGCUUUCACGUUGGGAUAAACUAGUUGAUGAUGUUUCGACAAAGAAUGAUAGGAGGGAUAAGAUAGGGUGUAGCAUUAGCGAGGUGAUGACGGAGAUCCAUUCCAUACCUGAUAUUAUUUUAGGUGAUGACUUAUAUUACUUUGCUACGGAGUACUUGUCUAGGAGGAAUAAAAGAGAGAUGUGGGCAGCAAUAGGAGAUCUUGAUAGGAAGUACCAAUAGCUGCAAAACAUGUACCAGAGAAGUCAAAAGCACUAAUUGAAGGUUAGUAUUGCUUUAAUGAUGCUUUCAGUUUUUGUUGUUUCAAAACAAUUGCAUGUUAUGAGAGUUUUGUUGUGCUGCCAAAUGAUGUGCAGGUUUGCAAUAAUGGGGUAUACUCCUAAGGCUGAUGUAUUGAAGCAUGAAGAGUAGUGUUGAUUUCGGUAGAGAACCACCUUUCUUUUUUAUGUUUGCGGAUUACUAAUCUAACUUGUUUACAAUUUAAUGGAAUAUUGGUAACACUUGUUAUGUUAUUUGCUGUUAUGUUUUAGGACAAUUUUUAUCAAUGGUUUUUAUUGUGUUUAUGGAUAGCCAAUGUAACAUGUUUUACAUGUAAUGAAAUAUUGGUAAUCUUCUUGUGAUUUCUGCUGUGAUGUUGAAGCACUCAUUAUUAUGAAUGUUGAUGGAGAAUUCUUGUCCUGGGGUAAUUGGUUUGCUGUUAAUAUAUAGAAAAUUAUGCUAUAUUUACUGAAUAUUAUGUUAAUUUUCCUCCUGGACCAACCGGAUUGCACCAUCUUAAGAGGAACAUAUGUCAGACUUUUGUUUUUCCUUACUGUGUGCAUUAUUCGAAAAUGUUAGAUGAACUGUGUUCUUGUUGGCCGAAACAAACAAAAUAAUUAUUGUCAAUUGUUAUGGCUCCCAACGGUAGAUAUAAUUAUAUAUAUUGUAAGUGUUCAGCACAACACAAUAUUCCAGUUGCUUUAGUUUUCUUGAUAAUGAUUAUAUAAGGCUACAAGU